AUGUCUGAAGAUAAUAUUCAACUACCUAAUUAUCUUUGUUUUAAACCAUCGAAAGUUAAACCUGGACAAAAUGGUUUAUUUGCAAAGCAAACUUUAAAGCCAAAUGAACCAUUAGGAGUAUAUCGUGGGAAAAUACGUCGUAGUUUACCACAAACAGCUGAUGAAGAAUAUGUGUGGGCAAUCUUAAGUGCUCGUGGUGUACCUGUUUUUUAUAUUGAUGCAAGUAAUGCAAAUGAUGGUAAUUUUCUUCGUUUUAUACGAUGGACACAUGAUAAAUCUCAACAGAAUGUUGUUUGUAUGCAACAAAAUCAACAAAUACAUUAUUUUUCAUUAAAAACAAUUCAACCUGAUGAGGAAUUAUUAACAUUUAUCGAAAGAC